AGCAGAAUGCCAAAAACAUAUAGUCUGAUAAACACUCCAUUGCAUUGUCCAAUGAAAAACAGUGUUUGAAAUAAUCCUCCAUGAACUAGCACGGAGUCCAAUAUCAUCAACAUGCUUCAACAACCAGAAAACCAUUAUCAAGAACUCGAUCGUCACGACCAUAAUCUCCAGUACAAUGGCAACAAUCCGAGGAGAAAUGCAAAGGGUUUUUUCACCUGGAGAACCAGAAGAGAGCUCCUAUUCGAGAAGGUGAUAACGAGGAGCGAUAUCAAUCAAAACCGACUCGCUAUACCCAAGUAUCAUGCCAAGCAGCACUUUCCACUGAAUCUCACAGGCAAUUCGAAAUCAAAAGGCGCUUUGAUUUUCAUGGAGGAUGAUGAGGGGAGAGUCUGGAGAUUCAGAUACACAUUCUGGAAGAGUUGUCAAGCUUACGUGCUCACGAGUGAGUGGAAUCAUUUCGUGAAGGAGAAGGGUUUGCAUGCAGGGGACGUGAUUAGUGUUCUUCGUUCAUGUUGCCCCUACAUGAAGCUUCAUAUAGAGUUGAAGCCACAAGGAAACUCUGAUAUCAUGGCAAAACCUGAAUCGUUUGAACCUGUUCAACAUACUCGAAUGGUCAAACUGUUUGGAGUUGAUAUAUCAACAAGUCUGAGCAAGUGA